AUGGCGCGAGUGCGCGUACUAUUAUUGCUAGCUACAAUAAUAACUCUCUUUUCUCUCUGGUCUCUUUCGCGAUAUAGAAAGUCCUCCCCAAACCUCAGGUCUCCAAGCACUGCGGGAGCUUCGUCAUCCUCCAGUGGAUAUGCCAGAGUCGUGCAUGAGCCUGAGGGCCACAUUGAGUUUUGGCGCCAAUUUCAACCGAUUUUAAUUCUCUCUACGCCAAAAUGCGAGUCGCCAAUGAGGAUGGGAAAUGCUCCGUCUAUCAGAGUCGAGGAAUCAGAUCCGAAUAAUCGACCUGAGAUGCUGGACAUGCUACCCGAUGAAGUUGAGGAAAUGAAGAACACGCAUACCCGAUUUGUCGAGGCAAUUGAAAGUAAUCCACCGCAUCUACACUAUACCCCCAAUACAAAAGGCCUCGUCUCUACCGCUGGAGGCUCGUAUCUGCCCGUGCUGGUGAUUUCUCUCCGAAUGCUUAGGAGAACAAGCUCAGAACUCCCCGUCGAGGUCUUCUUAGCCUCUGACGAAGAAUAUGAACCUUUUAUCUGCGAUGUAGUUCUCCCCUCUUUGAAUGCGCGAUGCGUGGUGCUCUCCCGCAUUCUGGAUGCGGUCCCCAAGAUUAUGGAAAUCGAGAAAUACCAAUUCAAGCUCUUCGCGAUGCUCUUUUCUUCCUUCGAAGAGAUCCUAUUUCUGGAUGCCGAUUCUUUCCCUUUGCUCCCACCAGAUUCAUUAUUUACGAACGAGCCAUUCAAAUCGAGGAAGAUGGUCACUUGGCCUGACUUCUGGGCAUCCACAGUCUCUUCCUACUACUAUGAGAUUGCCUCUCAGCCGAAGCCCGAAAACACUCUUCGGCAGUCGACAGAAUCGGGCGAGGUGCUGAUCUCAAAGAAAACCCACCAAAAAACACUCCUUCUUAGCACCUACUACAACCUAUGGGGACCCUCAUAUUACUACCCUUUGCUCUCGCAAGGCGCUGCAGGAGAAGGUGACAAAGAAACCUUUGUCGCCGCCGCCUUAGCCGUCGAUGAGCCGUACUACCAAGUCUCCGAAGGCAUCGUUGCAAUCGGCCACCCGACAGCUGGUGGCCUUGCAGGCUCAGCAAUGGUCCAGUUCGACCCUACAGAAGACUACGCCUUAAGACGCGAUGGUGCCAGCCGUGACGCCGAUGCGCCUACUCCCCGAGCAUUUUUUAUUCAUGCCAACUUCCCCAAAUUCAAUCCGGCUACGAUAUUCGAAAAGGGAGAAGUGAACCCUGCAUUCGCAGAUGACGGCAGCUACACCCGUGCCUGGACUGUUCCCGAAACCCUGAUUCAGGACUUUGGAACUGAUAUCGAGAAGCACUACUGGAAAGAAAUUCUCUGGACGGCUUGCGAGCUCGAGAACCAGUUCCAAACCUGGAGGGGUAAGAAGGGCAUCUGCAAGGACGUAAGGAGAUACUGGAACGCCAUCUUUGCAAAUGAGAAAGGGAAGCAGUAA